AUGGAUGUCGAGCACAAUGCACUUUGCGAUGCUGACGUGCUUAUAGUCGGAGAAGGACCCGAUAACGAUGUAAUUCACCGAUACUGCAAUCGAGAAAGGCGCUACGGUAAUGAGACAGAAGAUGAGCUGCUAAAGGAGAGGUUCAAGGUCAUAAAAUCUAAAUCGCGCUACCUGACCCUUACCUGGACCACAGAUUUUAGCAGUGAAUACCGUGGUUGGCGUAUUGACUACGAAUUCAUACCAGAGGGAUCAGAAUGUGGAUUUACUACACAUGCAAUGUCUGGAGUAGUGCAUUCACCUGGUUGGCCUAAAGACUACGGUAACGAUGAGGAAUGCAUAUGGGAUAUACAAGUCCCACUUGGAUAUCAUAUCCAUCUUCAAUUCACACACUUUGACAUCGCACCAUCGGAGGAUUGCGCAAAGGAUGCCCUCAUAAUUUCCCAAGAACACUCAUCCCGAGCCUUUGCACCCAUUGGUGACUACUUCUUCUUGUUCGAAGAUGAAGAAGCUCAUGCACCACUUUGCGGGAUUACUCUACCAAAAUCGUUCCGUUCUGAAAGCAAUAGAAUAAGGCUCAAUUUCACAAGCGAUGAGUCGACCACUGCGGCAGGUUUCCGUGCCGAAUGGAAAGCUGAAUGUGGCGCAGUUUUCCGCCUAUCAAAUGGAGUAGUAUCAUCGCCCAACUAUCCUGAUCACUAUCCAAAUGUAAAUCAACGCUGUGAAUAUAUGAUAGCACCAGAAGGCGAACUCGAUUCUGUAAUUGCACUAAAAUUAAUUGACUUUGAUCUGUCGGACUCGAAAAUGGAUUACUCCCGCUCCCCAUGCGCCAGUGAUUAUCUGGAAAUUCGAGAUAUUACGAACAAUAGGGUUGUUAUUGUAUAUUGUGGAGGAGACCCUCUGAGUAAAGAGCCGAUCGCUAUUAAGGGAGCCGUUGGUAUCACCUUUGUUACGAACCAAUCUUAUAUCCAUGGUGCUAAAAAAUUACAAAGAGGUUUCCAAAUAACCUAUGCAAUUGACAAGUGUGGUGGUAAUAUCGAACUGACGGAGGAAACUGGCUAUUUUACAACUGUCACAUCUCCAGCAUUCCCAUUAGACUAUGCUCAUAAUCUGGACUGCGUCUGGAAUGUCACUGCUCCACAGGAUCGAGUUCUUUCUGUUAAAUAUCAACAGUUCGAGUUGGAAGCAUCUAAUGAAUGCAUGUUCGAUUCGGUCGAGCUAAUUGAUGGCGUAGAUCUAAAUGGUACAAGCUUGGGUAAAGUCUGUGGAGGAUUAGAACAGACGCCGAAAGGACGAUUAUACACGAAAACCAAUAAUCUGCUCGUUCAUUUCGUUACCGACCAUACUCUCAACGAAGGGCGGUUCAAAAUUGUCAUCACAGCUACUCUGGGAGAGAAAUCUGGUUGCGGUGGAACGCUCAAAGCAACUGGAGAUUGGAAAACGUUGAAACCUCCUCUUGACGCCAAAGGCGAGUACAUUCAUAAUCUUCAUUGUGGAUGGAAUAUUGUGGGGCCAGAGAAGACUAUGCUUGAGCUGCAAAUCACGAAGCUAGACACUGAAGAACUAGAAGACAUCCCUGGAUUGGAAGCGAACCAUAUCCAUUGCGUAGAUACGCUUUCGAUUUACGAUGGCUACAAGUCGUUUUCACCCAUUCUAGCCAGCAAUUUAUGUGAGGAUACGGUAGGCGCAAAAUUGCCACUGACAUAUCACUCUUCACAUAGAGUAGCUCAUGUCUAUUUCGAAAGUGAUCAUAGUGGAACAGGAACUGGCUUUGAAUUGCUGUACCGAGCCAUAGAACCCGACUGUGGAGAUUGGCUUAUAGCAACGAACGAACCACAAAUUCAUAGCUAUGAAAGUAAAGGAACUAAAGACAAACGUGCGGGUCAAACUAAUCAACGAUGUCAGUGGGUAAUUCAGUCGCAAUCACAAGUGCCUAUUUGGAUACACUUCAGUACGAUACAUUUUCCAACGACUGAUGGUGAUUGUUCGGAUGCAUACAUAGAAAUUCGUGAUGUUGGCUUGAUUUCUAAAUGUCAACAUCCAGCAUGUGCUCGAGAAAAUUCACAGCGAAAGACUUUCCGAAUUUGCGGAAAUACGCCAUUCCCACCUUAUAUAUCGAAUACAAUGGCUGUACAAAUCACAACCUCAGCGAUAAUAAGCGAUACGGAUGGUGCCCGUUUCACAAUGUCUUACCAUCUACUUGACGGUUGCAAUCGCACCAUAAUCACACAGGAUGUGCCAUCCGGAAGAUUUACAAGUCCGAACUUUCCGAAUCCUUACGAUCACAACUCGACAUGCACUACGAAGUUGGAAGCACCAGCUCAUAAACGAAUUUUGAUUGUGUUCAGAAGUUUCGAUUUUGAACGAGGGCGUAUAAGUUUCUAUCGUACUAAUGGUUCACGUCUAGCGUUGUACAAUUGGCGACGACGAGUGUUUAUGAGAUCUUGCGACUUCGACUUUCUGAAGAUAAGUGAACCUGGAAGGAACUCCACAGGGCCAAUUUGCGGACGAGGCUUGCCAUCGACGUACUUCUCAUGGGGUAACAGCGUUGAGGUCUUCAUGCAAACAGACCACAACAUGGCCACAGAAGGAUAUGAUCUAAGCUAUUUUACUGGAAAAAUGCAUGAUGAUGGUACCAUCGAUUUUGCUCCCUCCCAUGACUUACAAGGGGCUAUUACAAACAUUGGUUUUCCAAGAGGCUACAAUACUUCCACAAAAACUUCGUGGACCAUCAUGCCACCUAAUGGGCAUGGGUGUUUGGUAGAAUUAAUCGCUCUGGAAAUAGCCAAAGCUCCUCAAGGAACUGAUUGCCUUAGUCAAGAGGAGUAUCUUGAAAUCGAGAUAUCGACAGGAAAUCCGAGAGAUCCCAAUGGAGGGAAAGGUUCUUUCCGAGUGCGAUCCUGUUCACACGAAGCUCCCAUAUCUUUGGAGAUGGAGCCAGGUGCUGAACGAUACAUGAAAUUCACAUUCAAAUCGGAUGGAAUAACAGAGAAUGACGGCACUGGUUUCCGUUUGACGUGGAGGUGUUUGAACUACGAACAGCUACAAGUCGGACACUCAGAAGGAUGCGAAAGCGAUUUGUUUUCUCUAAAAUGCAACUGUGAUUUCAGUUACUGUAAUGGGGAUAUGAAAGAUUUUAAGAAAAUGUGGGAAUCGUCGAAAAAUUACAAGUCGACCAGCGAAGAAACUAGAUGCCUCUUGAAAGCAUACUAUGUAGCCUACCCGACUACGACUACACCACCGUCAACCACAACUGAAAUGACUAGUGAGAUGCCAAGCACUACUACUGAUUUGGAGGAGGAAAUGGGAAAAUUGCAAUUCUCACGCAAAGGUCCGCAAACUCCGCAGGUUGAAAAACAGAUUAUCCGGAAGAAAUAUUAUAAAGAAGAGGAGGAAGAGGAGAAAGCGGCAGAGCGAGCCGACACGAUCAUGAUAAUAAUCUUCGUUUGUCUGUGUGUAAUAUUCGUAUCUCUAGUUGUUUUGGCUAUUGUACUGAUAUUGACUGGACCAAAAGAUCCGAUGACAAAGAGGAAAAUAAGAGGGAAGCGCGGGAAGAAGAAGCGAAAGAAAUAA